UUGAAAAACUUGAUAGUACUUAUGGAUCUUGUAUAUCAAAAGUUAUAACAAUUGAUAAUGUACAAUUAAUAGCAGCUUCUUUACAAGAUCAAAAACCUCAAUAUAUAAUUGCAACAGCAUCUACAACAACAAAAGCUGAUGAGGUUGAAUAUGUAAUCAAAAAUAAUACUGGCUUAACAACUAUUAAAUUUACAAGACCUAAAAUUUUUUAUGAAUACUUACAAGCUAAAGGGGCUAUAAAUAUUAAUAAUCAA